GUGAAGUAAAGGAGCGUAGGUGUAGGAGGGGAUGGAGAAGUUGUGCAGCAUUCCUGUGUGAACACACCAAAAGGGACCAGAAAGGAGGAAAGAAGCUAAUCUGAAAUCCAGAUGCCUUGAGGACCAACAGAGGGUCAAACUAAUCCAAGCACACUCGCAGAGCUCCAUCCCUGCUUGUGUUCUCUGUUGUUUUCCCUCACUUUUACAAGUCAGCAGGCAUCAAGCGGACUGACACACCAAUUGGAUACUUUACGCUUGCUUUGUCUUGUAAAACUUUUAAAGCAGCAGUCAAAGCUCCAGGACUUUGUUCAGUGGUCAUUGUUUUAAUUAGUUCGUAUUAUCUGAUGGAGGAAUUUACAGAGGGACUGGUAAAGCCAUCAGUGAGGAAGACCACGUAGAAAUGUAGCUUUGACCAGGAAGACAAUUCCAGACCACUUGAUAUGGGAGACAAGUUGGAUUUUUAUUGGUCUUUAAAGUCUUGGUACCAGAAGAAGUAGUUCGUAUCCUAGAAAUAUUCGAGAUAUAUUAAUGGCUUGAGUCUCUUCAGUGAUCCAGUCAUGGCAUUGUGGUGGUACACUAAGAUCCUCUGCAGGCCAGCCGCUGUUUGCGUUUCCCUUCUCCUCACAUCACUACUAUGUCUAAUGAGUUUCCCUGUACAAGCUGAGCCUCCCUGUCCACAGAGUUGUAGCUGUCCGAGUGUUAAAGAUGUUCAUUGUACAUUCAGACAUCUGACAGCUGUACCCAAAAACUUUCCUAAGGACACAGAGCGGCUCAACCUGGGAUAUAAUAGUUUGACUGAGCUGGAAGUGUCAGAUUUCAGGUCACUACGGCAACUUGAAAUGCUCUUGAUGCAUGGCAAUGACAUAAACGUAGUCCACCCGCGGACAUUUUACAGCUUGCGGUCACUACAGAUAUUGAAGUUGAGUUAUAACAAGCUACCAAUAGUGAAACCUGGUCUGUUUGAUGGUCUGGUGGGUUUGGUUCGUCUUCACCUGGACCACAACCUCAUCAGCUUCAUUGAGCCAUACUCGUUUUCGGGUUUGACUUCUCUCAAACUACUUCAACUGGAAGGGAACCUUCUUAAAGAGCUCCAUCCUCAUACCUUCAUUACAGUGUCACUACUAGGGAACUUUUGGACCUCUGGACUCAAACAUUUACACCUUUCAGACAAUUUGUUGGAACAUCUCCCUGCCACUGUACUGAGCACAUCUCCAAAACUGGAAAUUCUCACUCUUAAUGGUAACCCUUGGACCUGUGAUUGUCAACUUCACUGGCUGCUGCAGUGGAGCUCUACACAUGAAGGAGUAAUAAAAUGUAAAAAGGAACGUGAGACAAGUACAACAGAAAUUUGUCCUCAGUGUUUCUCUCCUCAACCCCUGAAUGGAACCCACAUUUUUGCAUUAAGUGAAAAUCAGCUAACCUGUGAAAGACCAGUUCUUCGCUCGUCCCUCAAACUCUGGGACAACCCUCUAUGGGCUGAAUCUGACACAGAACCUGACCUCCCAUAUACCCGGGACUUUGAGAAGCCCUUGGGCCACCUAAGCUUUGUCUUCUCAGAUAGCCAUGGAAAUAAUGCUCAUGUCGACUGUGAAAUGCGGCACCCAGGAGACAGUUCAGAUAUAAACUGGACGAUAAAUCCACGGUCGGCUCAAGGGCUGUCUGUCAAUGUAUCAUUGGCAACUAUCCUUGAGUGUGAGAUUGAUAGGGAAAAAUUACAAAAUCUUUGGCAACUGGUCGCAUAUUACUAUGAAAGUCCCGCUAUCUUGGAAAGAGGUCAACAAAGACAUAACACCAGCAGAGCAACUUAUCAAUAUGCCCAAGUUGCAAAUGAAAAUUCACCUUAUUUCACAGACUUAAAGGGUUAUUUGGUGGCAGAACCAGCAUGGUUGCUUCAACACAGAGUCACGUUAAAACUUAAUAGACAACAAACAACAACCAAGAAAUUGGUUAUGGAUUUUACGACCAUAAUCACCAGAAUAAUCAACAGCCACAGACGGCAGCAGGAUGACGAUGACCUUACUUCCUCUUGGGCAAUGAUUGACCGCGGGACUGCAGGGCGGGUUAAGACUGCUCUUGAGGGGUCAAAAGUUCAUUUGCAAUGUAGUGUUGUCACUUCACAGCAGGGGGUGAAAGUGGAGUGGAUGCUUCCAGAUUUGUCAAUCGUGGACAGUUUGACUAAUAAACUCCAAAUUGAUGACACGGGAGAUCUCGUGAUCAUGAAUGCAUCUCAGUCUGACUCUGGCCUAUAUCACUGUAUGAUCAAAACAAAGGCAGGUGUGGAUUUGAUCUCUUUGAGGCUUACUAUUAAAGAACGAUUGCCUAGCCCUUCUGCUUUUAAUGGCCAGAAAAUUAUCGUUGAAAAGGGAGGGUCAAUCUCCCUCCCAUGUGAGGUCAUAUCAGUGCAACCUAGUCAAACAAUAUGGUACAUGCCCACAAAUAAAGUGCUUCUCCCGACACAAAAGACAAGAAAGGCAGCUGUAAUGCAGAAUGGUACUUUGGUGGUGAGGAAAUUGAUGGUAGAAGAUUCAGGGGAGUACAGUUGUUUGGCCUCAAAUCUCUAUGGAGUUGAUAUGCUGUCACACAUGGUGGAGGUAACAGGGGAAGAGCUGCCUUAUAACUCUGAAGAAAAGACAGAAACAAGGCAGAAUAUCUUAAACCCUGAUAUAGAAGAGGGUUCCGCAGGAGAUUACCAAGAAACAAUUCGCUCUUUUGCAACACAGGCUCCAACAUUGGGAAACCAGCAAAGCAAUCCUGAUUCAUUUUCAAACAAAAACUCAAAGAGAGAUUUUAAACGAAAACCCACCAUCAUUGCGAAGACAUUGGAACCAAAUUACUGGGCAGAGGUUUUGGCUAAAGCCAAUUCUAAAUUACCCAUUGCACAAGACCCAGAGUUGCCAUUACUGGAUUCUACCACUGUAAGUGCCCUGGACAGUUUGCCCAACCCUGCAACUCCAAUUUCGUCCUAUAAAAUUGCCAACAAUUUUCCCAUUACAACUACUUCUAACUAUUGGAAAGAAUCAACAACGGAAGAAUCACGACCCAAAACUUCACAGACACAACUGAUCAGAAGUACAGAGUCCUCCCUUCAAAAUAUUAGUGAGAUAACAGAGAAAAACAACAGAGUAACUUUAAUUGUCAGAACCCCAGCUGAAAAAACUGAAACCCUGAAAUUUGGUUCGGGCAACAGGAAAUUUAUCCCUGGUCGCUCAAACCGGAGAAGGCCACCUUUUAGAAGACGAAAACCACCUGCAAGAAAAAUUAUUCCUGACAUCAAAUCAUUUCUGAAUUCCUCAAUAGCGCUCAAAUCUAAUGCUCCUCCACCAAUGUCAACAAUUAUUACUACAACCACCAACACCACUUCUAGUUGGACAACAUCUGAACAAAUCACUGUGACUCCUUACUAUCAGAUAGAACAAGUUGGAGAUAAUGAGAAUAGUGAAAGCAUGGAUGAAAGAAAAGAAUCAAACUCUGAAACUCAUAAUCCAGUUCAAGAUCUUGAAAGUACUCAGAGAGGUUCUCAAUCAGUGAGUGAAAAAGAAAUACAAUUAAAAAAUUCUUCUGAUGUACAAAAGAAUGCAACGCAGAGAAGGUUAAAAACAAUAAUUACAGGAAUCGGAACCCAAACGAUGAACACAGCGCUAGCGAUAGAGACCGAAUCACCUAAAAAUGAGUUAGUUACACAGAGUUAUGAUAUGUCGGAUAACAUACUUUCAAUUUCAACAUCUCAAACACCAAAAUCAAACAUUCUGCCUUCAUUUGAACAAAUAUCACCUACCCAAGCUAAAGUUGCAUCUCACAAAGUAAUCUUCAACGAUUCAGAUCCAAGUAUGGAAAAUUUGAAAAAAGACAACAUUCACAUGGAAAAUAAAGAGGUGAAUAAUGCAAAAGCAAAGUCUGAAAACCCUUAUGUUCCCAGUGUCUCCAUUCACCCCUGGCUACAUCAGUACAGGCAAGUGCCAGAGCAACCAAACUCUGCUCAGAUGCCACACAUACAUAAAGACAGAAAUCUAGAGAAGCUGGGAGAUGUAGAUCUCAGAAGCCCACCACUUCCUCCCCAUAUUGUCCCAACUUCCUACUGGCCUUCAAACCAUCAUCAUUACCCUAUUUAUCCUCAGUGGCCUGGGCAACGGUCAUUUCCUCAUCCCAAGCAUGGUGCUGCACCAUACAUUUUGCCUACACAUGAAACCAGACUUUUUCCUCAUGGACAAGCCCAAAACUUAGUUGCUACCAACAGACCAGAGAUCACAGAUAAAACAUUGAAACCCACAACCAGGACCAUCGAACCAACACUAAUCCAUUCUUCAGAUCAAAAUAAUCCUUUGGAUGUCAGGACUCAAAUCAGAGAUCAACUGUUGCUAUCUAAGUUGAGGAACAGAUAUAGACAGGCAUAUAUCGACCGUCUAUCCCAGCUUGGAAAGAUAGUGACACCCAAACCUCGCAUAAACAACAACAAUCCUCCAAACCAAAUUCAACCCAGUCUCAAACCUCUUGCAAGACCUUCACUCCUCAGACCACCAGUACCGACACACUCCUCUGCCCUGCAACCUACAAACAUCAGUAAACCCACAGCAUCCUCUUUCUCUGAUUAUAAUUUGAUUCCUCACGCUCACCAUGCUACAACCCCAGGAUUACAGCAGGAAGUUCAUUUGCCAGUUAGAGUGAUGCUGUUAGGAGCUGGUGUUGGUAGGACCAAACCUCGCAUCACUACAGUGAACAAAGCCAGUGUGUCAGUCCUGGCAGAGGGUGAUGUUGUUCUACAUUGUGAAGCAACGGGAAUUCCUGAACCAAGCAUCUCAUGGACAAAGGUAUCCACAGGUGCCACCAUUCCAGCCAACAACAAGCAUGGUUCCCGGUUUGAAGUCUUCAAAAAUGGAACUUUUGUAAUCAAAACAGUACAGCUGCAGGAUAGAGGCCAGUAUCUCUGCACUGCCCAGAAUAAAUUUGGAUCAGAUCGCAUGGUUAUUACCUUAGCGGUCCAGACUGAGGCCCCCAAGAUCCAACCUCCCAGAUCCACAGAGAUCGCAAACUAUUUUGGGAAAGGCGUGAGCCUUGACUGUCUUGCUUCCGGAAAACCCCCAGCACACAUUUCUUGGAUUCUACCAGAUGGAACAUUUGUCCGAGAAAUUGGGACCAUUAAUUCUCCCAUCUCUAAAAUGUCACUGCUCGAGAAUGGAACACUGCAAAUGCAGUCAACCAAUUUCUCUAGUAAAGGAGACUAUAAAUGUAUUGCAAGUAAUGCAGCAGGUGCUGAUACAGUCACUUAUCAUCUUCAUGUUGCAGCUUUACCUCCAAGUAUCAGUGAAGCUGCAAGUGACACUUUGAUUAUUCCAACAGGAAGGAACGUAUAUGUCCAUUGCUCCAUGAAGGGUGAACCUUUGCCCACUUUGAAGUGGACACUGCCAUCAGGGAUCCAUGUUAGGCCAUCACAGUUUCUGGGACAUAAACUCUUUGUCUUUCCCAAUGGGACACUGUAUUUCAAAAAUGUCUUACCAGCUGAUGCAGGGAGGUACGAGUGUUCAGCCACAAACACGGUGGGCAUUGCAAAAAGAACCGUGCGUCUUGAAGUGCGGGCAGACUCCUCUUCACAUUUCCGCCAUCCUUCUCUUCCUUUCCCUCCUACUCAUCAUGCAGUGCCAUCGCGCCAGCACUCAGUCUCAGCCAUGUAUGGUUCUGCUGUCUACUUACACUGUCCAGAGUCAAUUGGAUCUCCAAGGGGGACCGUCUGGCAACUGCCAUCUAAAAUCAUCAUGGAGCAUCACUACAGUCCAGAGAGACCAAUUAAAGUUUUCCGGAAUGGGACCCUGAGGAUACUUCAGUUAACAGAGCUGGAUGGAGGAAAUUAUUUGUGUUUUUUUCAGCGACCCAAUGGAGAGGACAUGGAGGUCUUUCGGUUGGAUGUCUUGAUGACCCCGCCUAGAAUCGAACAUGUGAGAACAGUACAACCGAGAGUCAGUUUUGGAGAAAACGUCCAGGUCGACUGUGUUGCAACAGGACUCCCAGAUCCUGAAGUCUCUUGGAGUCUACCAGAUGGAACGCUAGUCAACAAUGCCCUCCAGUCGGAUGACAGUGGCUAUCGCAAUCGUCGCUAUGUUAUUUUUGGCAAUGGUACAUUACUUCUCCAGCAGAUGGACAAAAAAGACGAGGGUGACUACACUUGUUAUGCCAAGAAUAAACUUGGUAAAGAUGAGAGGAAAGUUAGUGUCAAGGUUGGCCCGAACGCCCCAAGGAUUACUUUCAAAUUUCCAUCCCAGGUUACGGUAAAAUAUGGAGAAAUUGCUCAACUGAGCUGUCAGGCUACUGGUGAACCCACACCCCAAGUCUUCUGGAUCUCACCACGAAAUGAAGUCAUUCCCACGUUCUCGGAUAAAUUUGAGAUAGUGGGAAAUGGCAUGUUGGUGGUGAAAAAAGUAACACUUACUGAUGAAGGGAAAUAUGCCUGUGUGGCACGAAACUCUGCUGGCGAUGACAUUAAAAACAUUAUUCUUGAGGUUGAAUCCAAGCAACCAGUUAUCAACGGUAACAACGGGAAGAGUGUCAAAAAGGUUACAGGCAUUUCUUAUCAAACUGUACUCUUAGAUUGCAAGGUCGAAGGGAAACCUGAGCCAAAGGUUUGGUGGGUUACCCCUUACGGCCAAUCACUCCAACUCUCCUACCUAAGUGGUCGCUUCCAAGUACAUCAAAAUGGGAGUUUGGAAGUGAGAGGAGUGAGAAAAACAGAUGAAGGGAGGUACAUGUGCCUGGCAAAAAACCAACUCGGAGAAGCAUCCCUUUUAGUUGAAUUAGAUGUAGCUCCCAUAGCAGAAAAGCCAAGUUUUGCUGUUCCUAACAUAGAACUCUUAUCGAUAAAAGAUAAUAGUGGGGAAUUGUAUCUGCACUGCCUUGCCCGUGGAAAACCAAAUCCAGAGUAUGUAUGGAUACUACCCAAUGGGACAGCAUUGAUGCCUGGUGUUAAACUACAACGCUUCACCCACCAUCAGGGAAAUGGAACUCUGUGGAUCCAUCAGCUUUCUGCAAAUGAUAAGGGAGUCUACAGGUGUCUAGCAAAGAAUGUGGCUGGGCAAGCAGAGAAGCGUUAUGCACUGGAAGCAGGACGGAAGCCAGUGAUCAGAGGACCGACUGGUGGAAUAAAGAUCACAUAUGGCCAAACUCUCAACUUACAUUGUAUCACGGAUGGCUGGCCGCAGGCAUCGAUCGCAUGGACCCUACCCAAUGGCUUUACAUUGGAUAAACCUCAGUCAAUUGGCCGAGUUACUUUUCAUGCCAAUGGGACCCUCCAGAUGAGACAGAUUGCGACUUUUGACAAAGGAACAUACAUCUGCAAAGCAUCUAACUCUUUUGGCACAUCAACAUUGUCGUACCCUAUCACAGUAAUGGUCCAUCCACCACGCAUCACAGGCAUGCUGCCUUCCAUCACCAGAGUGAACCGUGGAUCACCUGUUAAGUUAAAUUGUGUCGCAACAGGUGUACCUAAGCCGGAAAUCUCCUGGACUUUACCUGGCCGUACAACGCUGAUUCCACAUAACCGCUACAUAGUUCAAGGAGGGAUCCACAUGACAGAGGACGGUAGCCUGGUAAUACAGAAUCCAGUGCUCAUGAACUCUGGUAUUUACAAAUGCAAUGCUAAAAAUGCUCUCGGAACAGAUUUUAAAUCUACAUACAUACAAGUGAUCUAAGGGGAAUGUUGACACACCUUCUAUGAGGGAACAGUGAGGUAAAGACACACUCAGAAAUAAAAUAAAAACUGGAUAAGGAUAUGUUCAUAAAGAUGUAAAUAACAAGAGACUCAACCACAAUACGUUUGCCCAGCGACAAGCCACUGUAACUGGUGGAAGCUUUUUACUUUGCAUUUUUUCUCAAGUCAUUUAGUAUUUUUAAACCUAAAAAUGCACUUCUUUGUCACUUAAGCAAUAUCUUAAUUCUGACUUGGAAUUGCUUCAGUUUUCUUUUCAAUAAAAUAACUUAUAAAUGAGGACUGCAUUGUAACAAUGGACAAGUCUUGUAAUUACAGGAACCCAUUCUAGGUAACAGAUUUAGGGAAAAUAAAAAAGGGGUAGAAUCACAGAAUAUAAAAAAAAAGGAUGACUGUCACACAAAGAACCCUUAAAAACAUGAAUGUUCUAUUAAGAAACUGUAAUAACUUCACAGCAACACAGUUACAAUGCGGGUACAGUAUAUGUGAGUGCUAUUAAAUAUCCAAUCUUACAGUACAUAACUGUAAAUAAAACAACAACAAAAAAUGGUGUAUCGUCCUAUUUGUUUGUUUAUCCAUCUAUUCAUCACUGAGUAAGCUAGGUGCCUCUUGGUUUAUGGUGGACAGCAGAUGUACUGUGCUAUUAUGCUUCUGGAUCAUCAGCCAUUCAUUCCCUAAUCCUGAUUGAAAGGUAAAGAUAAAUUCUACAUUAUUCCUGUACUGUGUUCAUCCAUGUUUUAUUCUCAAAGCAAAACGAAAAAGAAAUAUGUUUCCUCUGUAUCUUACGUUUUACUUUUUUAAUAUGAAAAAAGUGCUGUUGUUGAAAUGGUUAUUAAAACGAACUAACUAGCGGUUGGCCAAGACUUUUGCACAGGAAUUGAUAUCCUCAAAUGUAUUACUGAGUGUGAACUAUGUGUAUACUGUUUUUCAUGUGUAUGAUUUUGGGGACCAGAUUCUUAUUCAGAUCUAGGGAACAUUGAAGGUUUUAAGAGUGUUCAAUGUUAAUUUGAUUAAGACUAUUUUUAAUGUACAUGUUCUCUUUUUUUAAUUUGGUUUAAUUGGUAUGAUGGUUUAGACUGCAAUAUCCCUCAAAUUCUAUAGAAUGCCUUAAUUGGAUAAAAAGUGGAGAAAGCCUCCUCGUGUGGGCAAUUCUUUAUUUAUUAUGCAGAAUUCUUGAAUCAAUCAAGUUCAAUAAAGCCAUGCCUUCAGUGAAUAGUUUAUUAAACUCUUUUGCCAUUAUGUAUUUGCUAUUGGCUUACAAAUGCAGAUAUCUGCCGAUGUUCCAAACAGUAGAUUCUUAAGGACACCUGUAAUAGUCUGUCUUAACCCAUCCUUUAGCACCACUUAGAGGUUAAUGGUUGUGUUUCAACACAAAUAUCUUUUACUGAAUUAGGCCCACAAAUUUGAUUGUUAGAUAUCUUGACUAACACUGACUUUCUGUUUAUCAGUAUGCUGUAACACUAACAACUACCUUCAUAUAUAAGAGCUGUGUCAUUGAUGUCAUGCAAUGUUAAAAUAUCCACAAGUCAUAUCAUAUAAAUAAUAUGUGGAUUCACAUGCAGGCAUGAAAGCUCUUUCAACAUGAUCAUACAC